AGUAGGAAUUAGUUUAUAUCUCACUGCUCCAGCUCCCAAACUCUUGCCGGAAAAGAAAUCGGCGGUCUCCAUGGCCAGUUCUAGCAAGAAAUCGGCCGUGAAAGUUAACUUAUUGGGUAAGCGAAACCCUGAUGAUGAUAAUUUGGAGACAAAACCGUUUCUGAAGAAACAUAAGGAAACAUCCGAAGAGAAGGAAGCUGCCGUGACAAAAAAGACGCUCUUUAUGGGCCAUAUCUGUCCCCAAACUAAUAUAUCAGAUAUCAUCGAUUUCUUCAAAGAUGUUGUAAAGUUGUCCGUGUUAGACUUUUUGUAACCGCCAAGCAUUCUCAUAUGUGUUGUGGCCUUGUUGAGUUUUCUUCUACUAACGAAGCAAAGAAGGCGGUGGAAAAGAAGAAUGGUGAAUAUUUGCAUGAUUAUCGGAUUCAUCUUAAAGUGCAUAAAAAAAAUCCAAACAUUGGACGACCUAAGUUUUGCAUAGAUCACACGGUUUGCUACAAAGACUACCUUCGACCAGAGAGCCUUCCGGUAGAAGAUAGUGAGGCAGUGAAAGGACUUGAUGAAACUCCCGAUUUUGUUGAGGAAGUACUCUUUGUUGCUAAUAUCUCUCCCCAAACUAAACUAUUUCAUAUCAAAGAUUUCUUCAAAGAUGUUGGAGAAGUUGUUCGUGUUCGACUUAUUGUAAACCACGAGGGUAAGCAUGUAGGUUAUGGCUUUGUUGACUUUGCUUAUGCUAACGAAGCAAAGAAGGCGCUGGAAAAGAAGAAUGGUGAAUAUUUGCAUGAUCAUAAGAUUUUUCUUGAAGUGGCUAAGACAGCUCCACCACGACCCAAGUACAACCUUGCAGAGAAGCUAUGUUACGAAGACUACCUUCGACGACAGAACCUUCUGAUAAAAGAAGAUGGGACAGCAGUGGAAGGACUUGAUGAAACUCCCAAUUUUGUUGAGGCAGUUGCUGUGAGAAACAAGACACUCUUUGUUUCCCAUAUCUCUCGCAAAGCUAAUAUAUCACAUAUCAUCAAUUUCUUCAAAGAUGUUGGAGAAGUUGUUCAUGUUCGUCUUACUGUAGACUACACGGGCAAGCAUGUGGGCGAUGGCUUUGUUGAGUUCGCUUCUGCUAAUGAAGCAGAGACGGCACUGGAAAAGAAGAAUGGUGAAUAUUUGCAAGAUCGUAAGAUUUUUCUUGAUGUGGCUAAAAAAGCCCCAUACCCUCUACGGCCCAAGUAUUGCAUAGAUCACAAGGUUUGGUAUGAAGACUACCUUCGAAGAGAAAGCCUUCUGAUAGAGGAAGAUGAGGCAGUGGAAGGACAGGAUGAACUUCUCGAUUAUAUUGAGGAAGUUGCUGCAACAAGAAAGACGAUCUUUAUUGCCAAUAUCUCUUGCGAAACUAGUAUACCAAUGCUCCUUCGUUUCUUCAAAAAUGUUGGACGAGUUGUUCUUCUUCGACUUAUUGUAGACCACAGGGGUGAGGAUGUGGGUUGUGGCUUUGUUGAGUUCGUUUCUGCUAACGAAGCAGAGAAGGUACAACCUUGCAGAGAAGCUUUGGUAAGGGAUUUUAACUAUUUAGGUUUUUAUUAUCUGGAGCACAUUGGGUGGCGUUUUUGGUGUACAUGGAGAGUUGACAAGGGUUUUGAGAAGAAGAAGAAGAAGAAGCAGAAGAAGAAGAAGAAGAAGAAAUAGAAGAAGAAGAAGAAGAAGAAGAAGAAGAAGCAGAAGAAGAAGAUGAUGAGUUGGAAAAUGAUGAUUUGGAGACCAAACCAAAUCUGAAGAAACUGGAGGUACCUAUGCUGGGAGGACUCUGCGGUAAGAAGGUUAUCUUCUCUUAUGACGACUGAUGGUGAUGAUGUGGAGACCAAAUCAAGUCUGAAAGAAGAUUCUUUGGUAAGAAGAUUAUCCUCUCAUAUGACGACAACGACUGAUAGAAGAAGAGUUGCAAUGCAACUUAUAUGUAUUACUUCGGUUAUUCUUAAUGUUACAGUUAAGUUUUUUUUGUUUGAAAGCAAGUUAGAAUAUGCUUAAUUAUGAAUGGUUUGGUGUUAAAUCAUUAUUUGCCUUCACUAUUACGUAUGUAUGAGCCGUACGAUUUGAAAUGAUUUGGUUGACAAAAGCAUAA